AGUUAUGUGGGCAAGCGUGUUCUGUGGUCGCCAAACACUCAUAGCUACUAGUAACUUUUCUACAAAAGAUAACACAAUCCUUACAACUUCACAUUGGCCGCGCGACCACCAAUUCGGAAUUCAAGUUCAAUUAACAUUUCAUUCCGUUUCAGUUAGUUUCAUUUGAAGCAUGCAACAAGCUGGCCACGUCUACUCGCAUAUAAUACGCGAUUCAACGCGUCCACUGCAACAACCACAAUAUCAGCGACCACCUCCGCAACCGCGUCGAGUUUUUGUACAAGAUUUUCAGGUUGAUGCAACGGCGGCACCAGCUUUCGAUUCGAGUGCAUACAAGUUUCUCGUUCAUCAUUAGUGUCUGUGCUUUUGUGUGUUAAAUACAUACUUUUUGGUGAUACUGUAAGCUCGCCAGAUUCGAUUUAGUAACUUUUCGUCAAUUUGCUUCUUUUGCUGCUCCCUCAUGACAACAGCAAACAUUGCGAAGAGUCUCUUCCCUGGCUCUGUACCUCGGUGCUCGUCGAAGAUGCUUCAUUGGUCGUUGAUAGUCAGUUUCAUUGGAUUGUUAACAGCUGCUUUGGGCGCCUACUGCGGUUGGUUCCUGUUUCCCAGCAUGGUGGAUAAAAAGGUCGAAGAGAAUGUAAUUAUUGCUGAUGGCUCGGAGCAGUAUAAGCGAUUCGUACAACUCCCACAGCCAUUGAUCUUCAAAGUGUACAUCUUCAAUGUGACCAAUGCGCAGAAGGUACAACAAGGCGCCAUACCAAUUGUACAGGAAGUAGGACCCUAUGUAUACAGGCAAUAUCGACGGAAAAAAGUAAAACACUUUUCGCGCGAUGGCUCUAAAAUCAGCUAUGUACAGGACCAGCAUUUCGAGUUUGAUGAGGAGGCGUCAGCACCAUACACCCAAUCCGAUCAUAUUGUCGUACUCAAUAUGCAUAUGAAUGCAUUUUUACAAGUAUUCGAAAGGGAAAUUACUGAUAUCUUUCAGGGUUUUGCGAAUAGAUUAAAUCACAGGCUCAACCAUACGCCAGGCGUUCGUAUAUUGAAACGUCUGAUGGAGCGCAUACGUGGGAAACGUAAAUCGGUGCUGCAGAUUUCGGAAAACGAUCCGGGCUUAUCGCUGCUGCUCGUCCACUUGAAUGCGAAUCUGAAGGCUGUCUUCAAUGAUCCGAAGUCAAUGUUUCUCGAUACAACAGUGCGCGAAUUCCUCUUUGACGGCGUGCGCUUCUGCAUCAAUCCGAAUGGCAUUGCCAAGGCCAUCUGCAACCAGAUCAAAGAAGGCGGCUCGAAGACAAUACGCGAAAUGAGUGAUGGCAGUUUGGCGUUUUCGUUCUUCAAUCACAAAAACGGCACAGGCAAAGAGGUCUACGAGGUGCACACCGGUAAGGGAGAUGCCCGGCGCGUCUUGGAAAUACAAAAAUUGGACGAUUCACAUAAUUUGCAGGUGUGGCUAAAUGGUUCGGAGGGCGAGACUUCAAUGUGCAAUCAAAUAAAUGGCACUGACGCUUCGUCGUAUCCGCCAUUCCGCAAACGCGGCGAUUCAAUGUACAUCUUCAGCGCGGAUAUCUGCCGUUCGGUGGAAUUGUUCUAUCAGAGCGACAUACAAUAUCAGGGCAUACCGGGUUUUCGCUACUCAAUCGGUGAGAAUUUCAUCAACGACAUUGGUCCCGAGCACGACAACGAAUGCUUUUGCGUGGACAAGCUGGCGAAUGUGAUAAAACGAAAGAAUGGUUGCCUAUACGCAGGCGCUUUGGAUCUAACAACGUGUCUUGAUGCACCUGUAAUAUUAACAUUGCCGCAUAUGUUGGGUGCCUCAAACGAAUACACAAGGAUGAUACGUGGUCUGCGACCGGACGCGAAGAAGCAUCAAACCUUUGUAGAUGUACAACAUCUCACUGGUACCCCGCUGCAGGGUGGCAAACGCGUUCAAUUCAACAUGUUCUUGAAGACUAUUAACCGCAUCUCCAUAACCGAAAACUUAACCACUGUGUUAAUGCCGGCGAUUUGGGUUGAAGAGGGCAUUCAACUGAAUAGCGAAAUGGUGGCUUUUUUCAAAAAGAAACUUAUAAACUCGCUCAAGACCCUCAAUAUCAUUCAUUGGGCAUCGUUGUGUGGCGGUAUCGGCGUUGCAGCUAUAUGUCUAAUAUAUUAUGUUAUACAACGCCGAAAGCCGGAAGCGGAAGUCGCACCGCUCAAAUAAUUAGAUUUUAGUCAGUUGAUGUUUGUUAUGUAUGCAUACGAUAUAUUUAACAUCGAUAUAUAACAUUUAUUAUUCAUUAUUUAAUUUUAUUUACAACUACAUAUUUUUAAA